UUCUUUCUUCGUAUCCGUAUGAUACAUGUGGUAUACAGUACACUGUAUACAACUAAUCGUAUAUCUGUAUUCUACAUUUGGUUCCCGAGAACAAAUUUUCGGUGCCGUUUGUCUCUCCCUAUUUUGACUCUCUUCAAUGAAAUUGAACUCAACUCAGAUACAAUAAUCAUCACCAUGAAUACAGUUCCUUCUUCUACUAUGAUCCUUCUUCAUUCACGCUUUUGUUUCAAAUUCAAUAAACCAUUUCUUAACAAUUCACAUCACUCCUUCCAAAUUCUUGAACUCAAACGCAACUUCAAAUCCAAAAGCGAUUAUAGAAAAAGUUGCUGCAAAGCGGUCUUCUCCGACGACGCUCCUUUCGCCGCCGCAAUCGGCGCUUGUAUGCUCACUUCUUUGGUUUUUCCGAUACCUGUUGCCACUGAAGAAGAGGAAGAAUCUGCUAUCACUUCAACGGAUACUAGAUUGGCAGUUAUGGGAAUAAUGAGUUUCAUUCCGUACUUCAAUUGGCUCAGUUGGAUUUUUGCGUGGAUUGAUACUGGAAAUCGACGUUAUGCUAUUUACUCGCUUGUUUAUUUGGCUCCUUAUCUCAGGUCAAAUCUAUCAAUUUCGCCCGAGGAAAGCUGGCUGCCUAUUGCUAGCAUUCUCUUCUGCAUUGUUCACAUUCAGCUGGAAGCAAGCAUAAAAAACGGAGAUAUCCAAGGGUUUCAACUAUUUAGUAAUAUUAUGGAUCAGCAAUCAUCUGGUACAAAGAAGAAAGGCCGUUUGAAUCGGUAUCAAGAUAUGUCUAAGGGAAGCAAGAAUGAAAAGAAAAACCUACCAUCUGCCGAAUCAAGAGACAUCGGGGGUUGGGAAGAUUCUGAGAGGCCUUUAGAAUACAAGCAACGCUUGAAUGACAGCAUAGACGACGACGAAAAGAGGAGCAAGCACUAAACUAGAAGAUACAUGCAUUUUCAGAUCAUCAAACAUCAACUGAAGAUGAAAAUUCACACAAGUUUCAUGCCUGAUGUUAGUACUGCAUGUAAAGCCGUUCGGUUAGUUUUUAAUAAAGUAUAGGUCUUUAUCUGAAUGUUGUUAUGUUAUGAUCAUAGGUUCUUUUCACGGUUGCCUUAUAGUUAAUCAGUUUUGUUGAACUAGUCAGUGGAAGAGCUUCACUAGUUAUUUUGCUGAGCCCAAAGUCAAUAAGUGAUUAUGUAGGAUUGAAAUUAGAAACCGCUGAAACACAAGGUAUAUGGUAUUGUUAAUGUUGGUUCAUUUAAA